UUUAAAUUAAGUCAUUAGGGAGUGCUCUGUCUUUGACAGUACUGCGAGAACAAGAAAGCGCAGAAGGAAACUAAAACAAAGAGUACUUUGAGACUCCUUUAUCGUGAAAUCUUUAUUUGGUCUUUAAGCCAUCAAUAGUGUUGCAAUCGUCAUUCAGAAUUGUGCAUCUGUUUGUUUCAAAUCAUUUUUAAUCUUGAAAUGUCCAGUGUUCGACUUCAAGUGCAAAUACUCUUCUGGCUGAUGGCUUCUGGAGCAGCACAAACAAAUGGUAAUGGGAAAACAUCGCACUCAACAAGAGCUACUUCCAAAGUUCGCAUCACACAAAAGAAAAGCCUUGGCACGCCGCCAAUGGAGACACCAAUGGUGAUUUUGAUAAUGAGAGCUGCAUCCACACCCUUGCUGGGGAUGAGAAACCUACCUGGCAGGUGGAUCUGGGACAAGUGUACCCGGUGCUGAAUAUCACCAUAUAUGGACGCACGAUGUUCUUGUUUCGGCUGGUGAAUGUGUCCAUUACUGUUGACCGUCAUCCAUGCUAUCGGAUCGAGAAGACGCCGAGCAGCCAGAGCAUCUCUUUGUCCUGUGCAUCUACACUGUAUGGUCAGCAGGUCACACUUGAAAAAGCACUUACUUCGUCAGACCCUCAUGAAAACGUCCUCAACAUUUGCGAAGUCCAGAUUUGGGUGUGCAGACGUGGAUUCUAUGGAGACAACUGCUUGAUCCCCUGUGGCAAGUGUGAGGACAGUUUCUGUGACCGUUACAAUGGCAACUGCAGGUUUUCCCGUUGCCAGCCCGGCUACCAUGGCAACAUUUGCAUAGACAAAUGUGAGGCGAAAAGGUAUGGAGAAAACUGCAGUUUACCCUGUGGCCAUUGUGCAAACAACGCCACCUGUCACCACGUCACCGGCACGUGCCCUGGUCACUGUACACCUGGACUCACAUGCAUUACAGGUAAUAAUGUAGAGUAUUUUCAGUUAUCGUGAAGAUAAAAGCGAUGAUCGACUACCUUUAUGAUAGAAAUGUUAUAUAUCAUGGUACGAUACUUGCGUUACACGCUGUUAAUAAUAGAUUAUCUAAUAUUUUAAGAGGAUUAUUCCAAUGAGUCGGAACUCUUUAUCAUAAAAGUGGAAAAAUAUGUAUUAUUACAUGAUGACACAGCUGCACCAUGAUCUGAAGUGUGCAAAGAAGCUGUUGACGACUCAAAAGUUUUCGUGAUUUCAAUUUUUGUUAUAUCGCUUACACAAAGUGCAAACUCUUAGAUAUUCCGAUAUUCAAAUUCCGCAGAUGUAGAGUUUGCUGACUGUGUAAG